AAUUGACGUUAAGUUAGGUGACGAUCUUGUUACCAUGGAGCUCGAUUCAGGGUCAGGUACCUGCGUCAUAUCAGACGCUUUGUAUUAUGAUAAGUUUUCUAAAUACGAAUUAUUGCCUUGUAAUGUCCGUAUGUGUUUUUAUAAUGGUCAUAAAAUCGCACCUUUAGGAUAUUUUAAUAUUGAUGCCACUUUCAACAAUAACACUAAGUGUAUAAGCAUUUUUGUGGUCAAAGAUGGGGGUCCUGGUUUAUUGGGUCGCGAUUUUAUGGCAGCAUUUGAUAUAUAUUUCACUGCUAAGAUAAAUAAAAUAAGCGAAGACAUGGAUAUUAAUAAUUUGUUAGAACAAUAUCCUAAGCUAUGGCGCGAUGAGCUCGGUGCAUUUAAUAAGUUUAAAGUCACUUUAACAUUAAAUAACAAAGCUAGCCCAAAAUUUUUUAAGCCGCGACCUAUACCUUUUUCACUUAAAGGAAAAGUAGAAGCUGAAUUAGACAGAUUGGUAGGUUUAGGUAUUUUAGUACCCGUCAACCAUUCCCAAUACGCCACUCCAAUUGUACCAGUGCUCAAAGAAAACGGUAAAUUACGAAUUGCGGGGGAUUUUUCGGUUACUUUGAAUAAGGACUUAGUGAUAGACAAGUAUCCACUUCCGCGUAUAGAGGAAGUAUUUGCUAAGUUGGGCGGCGGCGAGCACUACAGUAAAAUUGAUUUAAAGAAUGCAUACAACCAGUUUGUGUUGAGCGAUGCGUCCCAGGAACUCACCACAAUAAAUACGCCAAAGGGUUUAUUUAAAUAUACACGUCUCGUAUAUGGCUUAGCCAAUGCCCCGGCUAUUUUUCAAAAAGCUAUGGAGACGUUGUUGGCGGGGAUAGAUGGAGUGAGUUGCUGGCUGGACGACAUAUGUAUUACGGGUCCCAAUAAAACUGACCACCUUACCAGGUUACGCGAAGUAUUGAGUAGACUAGACGAAGCCGGUCUCCGUCUACAGAAAGAAAAGUGUGAGUUCUUCAAAAAUAGUGUUACUUAUUUAGGAUAUACUAUAAGUAAGGAAGGGCUUAAAUCCAGCAAGCACAAGGUAAAAGCAAUACUUAAUGCACCGGAGCCUAAAAACAUUACAGAGGUUAAACGUUUCUUAGGCAUGGUUAAUUAUUACAGGAAUUUUAUUCCAAACGCAUCAAGCGUAUUGAACCCGUUGCAUGAAUUACUGCGGUCGGGAGCAGAGUGGGAGUGGGGCGAGCGGCAGCGCCGCGCUGUGCGAGAGGUGCAGCGCGAGCUGGCCUCGGAGCGCGCGCUCGCGCACUUUGACCCCGACGCGCAGCUGGUUCUGACGGCUGAUGCGGGCCCCGCCGGCCUCGGCGCUGUGCUGUCUACGCGCGAUGGGGAGGGGGUGGAACGGCCGCUGGCGUUCGCUUCCAGGUCUCUGACAAGUAGUGAACGCAAUUACAGCCAAAUAGAAAAAGAAGCGACGGCUAUUGUAUUCGCGGUGAAAAAGUUUCAUCAAUAUUUGUAUGGCCGUAGUGAUCCUUUUAUUCUUAAAACGGAUCAUCGUCCGCUCGUAUCGAUAUUUAAUAAUAAAACUGGUAUUUCAAUUACAACCGCCUUAAGAUUACAAAGAUAUGCCAUUAUUUUGUCCGCGUACAACUACGUAGUACAAUACAUUUCAAGUGGAAAUAAUUUGGUAGCCGAUUAUUUUUCUCGAGCUCCCUUAUCAGAGACCCGCUGUGAUAGCGAUAACCAGUUCGACACAUUUACCUCCCUACAUUUUAUGAAUGCGAUAUCAGCAGCGGUAACAUAUGAUGAGAUAACCCGCGCCACGGGAAAUGAUACCGUAUUAAAGAUGGUGAUAGGGUAUAUGCAACAUGGUUGGCCGCGUAAGAUAGUAUGCGAUCAAAUUAAACCUUAUUUCCAAUGCAAGUCGGACUUGCAACUGGAAGGUGGGGUCUUGUUACGGGGCCAUAGGGUCGUCAUUCCAAUGGCACUUAGGGAGCGCUUGUUGAAGGAACUUCAUAGUACGCAUCUAGGUAUUGUCAAAAUGAAGAGUAAUGCUCGCAGUCGCAUGUGGUGGCCAGGUAUUGACGCAGAUAUCGAACGCUGCACCGGCGCGUGCGCUACUUGCAUUUCGUUGCGCGCCAUGCCGCCGCGAGAGGCGCCACUGAGCUGGCCGCGGCCGCCUGGAGUUUGGAACCGUGUACAUAUCGAUUACAUGACAGUAGGGCAACGGGUAUAUCUCGUGGUGGUCGAUGCAUUCAGUUUCAAGAAUAGUGUGGGAGAAAUGUAGUAUAUGCAUGCAAACCGAGCGCGGGCGCGGUGUCGCUCCCCGCGCACUUCUUUGUAAGUCAGUAAUAAACGGACCGUCGACUGAACUGCUGUGUUUCCUUUACGCUCACAAAUACCUCA